AUGCACGACUUAACGAGUACGAUACCAAUGCUUAUAGCCAUAAACGCAACCUCGCAAAUCCAUCUUAUCAUCGGCACAAACUCGCUGGCGGCUGCGCGCUGCACCAAGAGUUUACAGUCCGGCGCACGGCCCAUACUUAUUGCUCCAGAGACUGAGGAUGUUCAUUUUUCGCUCAAAGAUUGCAUAGAGCAAGGUCAACUUCAAUGGAUAAAACGGGAGUUCCAAGACGAAGAUUUAAAGACGUUGGGUAGGGAGGAGGUUGAUCGUGUUGUGGAUGUGGUUUUUGUUACGUUGGGAGGGGGUAAUUCGAUAAGCGAACAUAUAUCCCAACUGUGCAAACGAAUGCGAAUACCAGUCAACGUAACAGAUGCGCCUGAUCUGUGCUCCUUCACAUUACUUUCUACAUACUCCGACGGGCCACUACACAUUGGAAUCACGACUUCCGGCCGAGGAUGCAAACUGGCCUCCCGUCUAAGAAGAGAGAUUUCUUCUUCGUUACCCGCCAAUCUCGGACAAGCAAUUGACCGAUUGGGGACUCUCAGGCGACGAUUAUGGGAAGAAGAUCAUCCACAACAGUCCGAGGCCGAGCAGAAGUUGGAAGUCGAAGACGAGGAUGUCGCAACUCAGAGUUAUACAUUUAAUAAAUUGAUUACGACUGAGGACGAGCAAACAUCAAAAACAAGGAGGAUGAGAUGGUUAGCGCAGAUUUGCGAGUACUGGCCUUUGCAACGAUUAGCGUCGAUAUCGGAGCCGGAUAUUGAUGCUAUUUUUACAGCGUACUCGCGUGAUCGAGCCAAUGACUCUGAUUCAAUGUUAUUGAAUGGUGACUCGCAAGAUCUUUGCAAGAAAAAGGGCAAAAUAGUCCUCGCAGGAUCAGGACCAGGACACCCCGACAUGCUCACCCGCGCAACAUACAAUGCAAUCAAAAAUGCAGAUAUAAUCCUAGCCGAUAAACUCGUCCCAGCACCGGUAUUAGACCUAAUCCCUCGACGGACAGAAGUCCACAUCGCACGCAAAUUUCCCGGAAACGCAGACCAGGCACAAGAAGAGUUUCUACAGAUGGCAUUGAGGUCCCUUCGAGAAGGGAAAUACGUCUUGAGAUUAAAACAAGGAGAUCCUUAUCUGUAUGGUCGUGGCGGCGAAGAGUAUUCUUUCUUCCGAGAAAAGGGAUAUAUACCCACUGUUUUACCUGGUAUAACUAGUGCGUUAAGUGCGCCACUAUUUGCUGAUAUUCCGGCUACGCAUCGUGGCGUUGCGGAUCAGGUUCUUGUUUGUACUGGGACGGGCCGAAAGGGUGCUGCGCCUGAGCCACCGACUUAUGUUUCUACACAGACUGUGGUGUUUUUGAUGGCGUUGCAUAGACUUGGUGAUUUGAUUAAGAGUUUGACAGAUCCAUCAACAACUGAAGCAGAAGGGAAGGUUAACAGAAUCAUGUGGCCGAAAAGUACACCAUGCGCCGUUGUGGAGCGAGCAUCCUGUCCCGAUCAGAGGAUUAUUCGUACAACAUUGGAGCAUGUCUGUCAGGCCGUGGAGUGUGAAGGAUCUAGACCUCCUGGCCUAUUGAUCGUAGGCGCAAGUUGUCAUGUCUUGCAUUCGCCAGAGGAACAGAAAUGGAUUGUCGAAGAUGGGUUUAGAGGGUUGGACGAUCUGGGUGUUGAGGGCGACUUUCUCAGUGAUGAACUUCAGAAGUGAGAUCAAUACAUUCUAGGUAUUAGGUUUUGUAUAUAGAUUGCAUGGAUGGCGUAUUGAUUGCC